AAACGAGUUUGUCACGAAGACGGUACACUAGAUUUGGGAUUUUUUUCUAAAACAGGAAAAAUAGUCGGGAAAGUGGAGUAGAUUGAAAAUUACGUGAGCCCGUAUAACAAAAAAGCAUACUGAAAUGAAGUGUCCCACAGCAACAAUUUGUUCCCUUUUGGCCCUACUCUCCAUGGCAUGGACAGCAAAACAGGAUCCCUCGAUCUUAAUCAUCGGUGCCGGUGUUGCCGGACUUUCAACCGCCCGUAGGCUGAUGGAAGCCGGUUAUUCCAACGUCAAAAUUUUGGAAGCGGAACCCAGAAUCGGCGGAAGGAUAAACAGCGUGUUCUUUGGUGACGCUUUCGUCGAUCUAGGGGCCAGAUGGUGCCACGGACAAAACGGCAACGUCGUUUACCAAAUGGUCGAAGGGCUGGACUUGUUGGGCCACACUGAGAUUCCCUUCAAGAUGUAUCAUUCGUCAAGGACGGUCAUCGAUGAGGAGUUUGCCAUGGGGCUGAUGGAGGCUAUGGAUGGGGUUUAUUCAGUCGAUGGGGACUAUCCAGAUCGAUAUAUCUCGAUUGGUGAUUUUUGCGAGGAUCGUUUCAACUCAACAAUUCAUGAAAAGUACGGUAAGGACGAGAAGAAACUCCAAAUAGCGAAGGAAGCAAUGUACUAUUUCGAAAUGGAGGUGAACAGCAACGAAGGUUCGUCCACGUGGUUCGAGAGUACGGCUCAGAGCGAUUAUCUGGAAUGUGAGGGAGAUCUAGUGCAGCACUGGAAGGGCAAGGGAUAUAAAACGUUCCUCGACGUACUCAUGAAAAAAUACCCGGAGCCAAAGAACCAGCUGCCGUUUGAGGACAAAAUAUUGUUGUCGAAAGAAGUAUCCGAGAUAACUUGGAAUGAGUCCAGACCGAGGAAUAGUAUUGCAGCCCAUUGUUCUGAUGGAUCUACUUACACUGCGGAUCACCUUGUAUUCACUCCGUCCCUCGGGGUUUUGAAAGAAAGAAUGCACUCUAUGUUCGUGCCUAAGCUUCCCGAGAAAAAAAGGAUGGCUAUACAAAAUAUGGGCUACGGUCUAGUUAUGAAGGUGAUUCUGCACUAUCCAGAAAUAUGGUGGAAAAAUGAUUGUAACGGUUUCAAUCUCAUUUGGAGCGAUGAAGACAGGAAACGUGCCAUAAAUGAAUUUCCUACCGGACCCAAUCUUAAUGGAAGAUCAUGGGUAACUUAUAUGCACUAUUCUCUAGCUGUGGAAAACAAUCCUAAAGUUUUGGUAGCUUGGUUCACUGGCAAAUUAGUACCCGAAAUAGAACUAUUGUCAAACGAUACCCUAGCUAGAGGAAUAACUUACGUUCAUGAGAAAUUUAUGGGUCACAUAUACAAUGUCACUCUACCGGAUAAACUAAUACAUUCCGACUGGCAAAGUAACCCUCAUUUCAGAGGCACAUACUCCUACCAGACGCCUGCAGCCAAGAAGGGCAAAAAAGCAACAAGUGCUCAGGAAGAUUUGGCGGAUCCCAUCAGAACGGCUCAGGGUAGACUGAUCCUCCAGUUUGCCGGCGAGGGCACCCAUCCGCAUCACUAUUCCAACGUGCACGGAGCAGUCGAAACAGGUUUCAGGGAAGCAGAACGGAUAAUCAGUUAUUAUGGAAAGACAACAAAUAUUUGAGAUAUAAAUGUGUUGUAUGUUGAUUCAUGGUCGAUUUAUGAAGCAGUUUGAAGUUUUGAGUCAUUAGUUUUUAGUA